AUGGACUGCAAUCUAAGUGAUUGUUGUAUUUCUAGGCUGUGCAUAUUGAAGGAGGAGAGGUUUGAAGUGGAAGCAAGGAAAAGAGUUAUUGAAAACCUGAUUUGUUGUUUUUGUGUAGUUGGGACUCGAAAGUUGUGUAUAUUCAAGAAGUUAGGGGUAGAGGUAGAAGUUUGGGAGUUUAAGGAUUCUGCUCUAAGGUUUGUGGUCAAAUGGUUUGGAGUGGUGAUCAAGUAUUUUCUGAGUUUAUGUUGUGUAGAUACUUUUCACGAAGUGAAGAGCAAACGUGAAAGAAGAAAAGAAAACAAAGCUUUGACUAUGGAAUUGUUGGCUGUGGCAUAUUCGUCCCUUGCAGCCAAAAUGGAGGAGAUUAUAUAUAGGUUGGUCUUGCUGGAAUUUUCAGCCACACAGAAGUAUUCUCUUGCAUCUAAUUCAACUUGCAAUGUGGAAGGGGUUGGUGAUCUGUAAGGCAGAAAUUGAGGAAUGUAUAGAUUUGAUAAUGGAAGAAUUAGAGAGAGAAAUAUAACUAAU